AUGGGAGAAAAGAGUCGAAUCGCCAUCGUUUGCCCCCAACAACUUCGGAAUGGACACUUUGAAGAGGAAAAUGGUGACGAUGUUGAUAAAGAAAUUACUGAGCAACCAAUUGCAAAAAUGUGCAAGUUUUGUUACUCGGAUGAGAUCGCAAAUGAUGUCUGGAUGCAUCCUUGUCGAUGUUCGGGUUCUAUGAAAUGGGUACAUGGACGAUGUUUUUCUUUGUGGCUACGCAAAGCCCCGCCACAGCAACAGAAUCAAUGCCUUACUUGCAGAUUCGUUUACCAGAAGUAUUGGGUAUUGAAGAGUUUUGCUGAUUGGUGUAGACCUCCACUAGCACUCACUGGAUGGGAAAUCUUUGAGAUUUUUCUUGAUGCUUAUUCAACUUUCAAAUUUAUUCGAGGCUUGAUUUGGACAAUCGAUGGAAAGAGAAGUUUCCUGGUUCAAAUGGCACACUUCUUCUUUUGGAGGACGUUUAUUGCAACUGAUAGAAGAAUGGUUUACUAUGGAAACCUUGGACGAACGGUUAUGAGUUCCGUUUUUGACAUAACUGUGAAAAAUUACGAAAAAAGUUCUGAAAACUCCACCAAUGAUUCAAUAAUGGCAAUCGAAAAUGAAAUGCAACCA